UAAUGACAUGAUUGAAAGAGAAGUUUAGUUUGGCUUGAGUGAUCAAGAGGCGUACAUGUAUGUCUCAUCAAAAUGAACGGAUCAGUAGCUUUGGUUAUAAGUGCUUUGGUUACAUUAUCGAUGGGCGAUGUAACCCCACGCAGAGACGCUGAAUAUCCACCACCAGAAUUCUUGGAGGCAAUGAAACCUCUCCGUGAAAUUUGCAUCAAAAAGACUGGAGUUACUGAAGAGGCAAUCAUUGAAUUCAGCGAUGGCAAAGUUCACGAAGACGAAAACCUUAAAUGCUACAUGAAUUGUCUGUUCCAUGAGGCCAAGGUUGUCGACGAUACUGGGCAUGUUCACCUGGAAAAACUUCACGAUGCUUUACCGAACUCCAUGCAUGAUAUUGCCCUUCAUAUGGGAAAACGUUGUCUGUACCCAGAGGGAGAAAACCUUUGCGAAAAGGCAUUCUGGCUGCAUAAAUGCUGGAAAGAGUCCGACCCUAAGCAUUACUUCCUGAUCUAAAAAUAACGGAUACAGAAACAUAAAACUUAAAUUGAAACAGCACAUAGAACUGUGACUAACUAUUGAGAAAUCAAAUGAAAAUUUAGUGUGUGACUAACAAUAAAUAAAUAAAAUUAUGAAAUAAGCAAUCGAAAAAUAGAAUAAAACAUUUAAUAAUCAAUUCAAAUCUCAUAA